UUACCAACGUACUAAUGUUACUCUUGACGCAAAUGUUGUCUGGUUGUAUCGAAUAAAUUUUUGAUUUAGUAAUUUGAACAACUGCGAAAAUAUAUUUUGAUGGUGAAUGUACGCAAGACUAAUCACCGAGUGAAUUUUCGAAUUUUAACAUCGUAAGUGCGUAGCUGAGUGCGUGUAAGUAUUGUCUUCUCAAAAAAGAUACUUCAGAGUUGGUAUUUUAAUUAUUUUUUCGAUCGAGUUACUUGAAAAUGAGCUGUAAUAUUAUUUAUUUCAUUCUUACGAUAUGUUUAAAUAUUUUGGGAUACUGGUGUCAGUCACAAGGGCAGAAUAAUAAUUAUUGUUACGCUAAGGACGAUGUCAUUCAUGCGCUGUUCAACAAGUACACUCCUUACGAGUUUGUUUAUUAUAAAAACAAGCUUGGAAAAAUGAUCGACGGAUGCAUUCCUAUACAUUUGACGAUGAUCUCUCGGUCUGGAAAUCACUAUCCUGGUGCAAAAACAAUGAAAAAAAUCAACGACAUUAUUCCAACAAUUAGAAGUAAUUUGCAGAAAGAUACCGAUCACCUAUGCCCUGAAGAUGCCAGUUUAAUGAGUGAUUACGAUUAUGAGAUGGAUGAAAAUAACGCUAAAAAAUUAACUCCUCAAGGAAUUAAAGAUUUCGUCAAUAUGGCCGAGCGCAAGAUACGAGAUUUUCCCGAAAUUUUCAAUCGUCCGUAUUCUCCUGAAUUAUUCAAGUUUUAUGAUGGUGGAUCUAGAAGUACCAAAGAAAGUGCUCUUGCGUUGGCUUUAGGAUUUUGGAAGUCUUCUGAUAUUAUUAUAGAAGAAUCUGAUUCGCUCCGAUUAAAGGAAUUGAAGGAAACGUGCCGCGGUUUUAAACAUUCCGACGAUGUGAUGAAACAGUACAAGGAUUUUUUCAACAGUGAUAUUGUAGCGCAAUCUGUUUCAAAUAUCAAUAUAAGACUGGGAUAUAGUCAGAAUAAUGGCCUCACUAAAGAGGAAGUCAAUACACUUUUCAAGGCGUGUGGAUUUGACACUGCUAGAAAUUUGAAUGGAAAAAGUCCUUAUUGCGUUCCGUUUACGCCACAAGAUUUAGAAAUAUUCGAUUAUCUGCAAGACUUGCUGAGAUAUUACAGAUACGUUCGUGGCAAACAAGAAAGUCGUACCCUAGCUUACCCUUUGCUAUCAAAAAUUUACAACUGUUUUCAAAAAAUCGUAUCGCAAAAUGGCGCUGACUCGAAUAAUCCGAUCGCAGAAUUCUAUUUUCCAUUUUGGGGCGUGAGAAAUUCAAUAUUGGCCACUUUGGGCCUCAUAAAUACAGACACUGCGAUAAAUUCCUCCGGUUACGCUAAUGAAGUGCAAAGAGAAUUUAAAUCAUCUCAAUUGGAUCCGUAUUCGUCUAAUAUUGAUGUCAUCCUAUACCAAUGUGAAAAUGGCGAAAAAUACAGGGUUAUGAUUCGCCUACAAGAAAAGCCCAUCUCCCUGAUCAUUGACAAAGGAGCUGCGAAUAGUAAUGGUUUAUAUGGUUGGCAAGAAUUCAGUACAUUUAUUCAAUCAUUAACCUAUUCCGGUUCAAAUCAGAUAGCUUCAUAUGUUUCUACUGGUUCCAGUCAACUUGUUACUUACCGUAAAUACUUAUUGAAAUUCUAAUUUCAACAAUUCUGCGCAGCAGUAAGAAAAUAUUUUUAGGUAUCUUAUUAAUUUAUUCAACUAAUUUAAAUUCUUCUUGCAAUGUCUUCAAAUUGUUUUUGAUUGUUAAAAAGAAGUCGAAAUCAAACGGUGCUAUUUCGUAGCAACUUUGCACAAUUUCUAGUUGUUGUUUUUCUUCGAAUAAUUCUUCGCAUUUUCCGUUAUAAUCCUAUAAAAUAUACCAUGAUUUACCCUUA